AUAAUAACAAUAAUAACAAUAAUAAUAAUAAUAUACCGGAGGGAGCGCGCGGAGCCGACCUACGUUCCUGAGACGUUCGGAGGCAUUGCUCGGAGCGCGCUGCUGUUCGGCGGAGUCUGUAAUAAACAAAACUCUGAAGAUCUCAAAAGAAGAAAUCGCGCACGUCCGCCGAUCGUCCGCCGUGUGAUCCCCGUGUGGUUCGCGAGAGGAGACCCCGUCGUUUCGAGUCGCUGUUUGUGCGAGAACACGUCGCGCGAACGUUUAACGCGAGGAAGGCGGCAGUCUGUGUGCAGAAAAAAAAAAAAAAAAAAAAUAACACACCGCACACACCGAGGAGAAGAUGGGCAGCACGGAUAAGGCCGUGAUCACGGGGUUCAUAUGCAGGCUCUGCAGUAAGAUGAAUCGGUUCGUGAUCCACAUCUACGGCGAGGAGGGCGAGAGGAUGAAACUCGCCGAGAAGAUCAACACCUACCUGCCGAUCUCGAUAAAUAUGAACGACCCGCUGCCAAAGACCGCAUGCUUGCACUGCAUCGAGCGAUUAGAGGCCCAUCACGAGCUAAUGGAACAGAUAAUGUUCACCAGGCAGAAACUGAACACGGACAACAAGGCGGCUGCGGGGGCGUCCUCAUACACGACGCCAAUCGACAGAUCUCUACCCGAUGUCUAGCCCAGCUUUACGUGCAAUGGAAACUAGAGAACAUCUUUCUAAUUCGCUCAACGCGCCACUUCGUCGAGAGAUCGGAUUGAUUUCUGUAUUAUUAUUAUUUUUUUUUUUCUCGUUAUUAUUUAAGCUAAAUCGGUUCGGUGAAUGAGAGAAGACGUGUAAACAAAACGUAUACAGAGGGUGUGUUUGUGUGCGUGAAGUAAAGACAAUUACCUUGUCCAUGUCAAGUUACUUUUUUGUUCAUGUAACACGCGAUGCUUUCACAUUUUACAGUUGCACAUUUUUUUGUUUGCGAGCGAACAAAACCAAAAAUGUUGGCACUGAACAUUGUACAACUGGCUGAUCGUGAAUGUCGAGAAAUAAAUUUGGAUAUAUGUCUUGCUUUUUAUAUUUAUACAUUUACACACAUGUGAUGUGAGAUAGGAACCAGCCAACUUUAUCAAUCUCAGACAGUGUCAUAUUUGAAUUUCUUUGUCUCAAUUGUGGUCAGUAAAAACGAUUAAUAAGCUAGUUUGUAAAGAGUGAUACUUUGAAUGUGAAAUGUUCUGGGCGAGCGCAAUAAUGUUAAAAUAAUCGAAUAUAUAUACAUAUAUAUAUAUAUAUACAUAUAUUCAUAUAAUAUAUUAUAUUCAUUUGAUAAUUUUAAGAGAGAAAGAGAGAGAUUUUUUUAGAUGUGUUCCGUGAACGGAUUCACUGACAAAAUUUUUCUUACGGGCAUAAAAUGCUAUAAUAUUGUUGUUAAUAUUAUUAUUAUUAUAAUAAUCAAAAUACUAAAUUAAAUAUAAUAAUAUAUACAUAAUGUGCGUGUUUAGCUUUUAUCUGUCGAAAGCUUUUCUUUGUUUCUUAAUGUAAGAGAAUGCACAAUUGUCGCUGGCGAUAAUACAAUGGACAUGUUCAAAAUUUAAUUUAAUAUAAAAUAACAAAGGAAACAUUAUCACGCGGUUUCGAUUAAUCUGUUAUAGAAAGAAAAUUAUUGGUUCAAAUUUAUCAAUAUCUGCGACAAGUGCAAACUUCAAAUGCUCCAAUCAAACUCUAAUCAUUGUAACAAUAUGUUAAGCUAAAUUAUACAUAGGAAAACAAAUUCUCCAAUUGAAUGCAAAAUUUGACGUCCAAUUUUGCUUUAAAUAAAUGUGUUUUUUGUAUUUUUGAAAUUAUAUCACAUUUGCGAAUCUUA